CUCUCUGUGUCUCUCUCUGUCUCUCUGUCUCCAGGUGCGUUUCUCCUCCCAGUCUCUGUUUGACCACCUGAUGCUGAUUCAGCAGGAUGCAGCAGCGCUGGGACAGUUUAGUGAGGCACUGCUGCAUGUCUUCAGAGACAACCUGAGAAAUGACAGGGUGUCUAUCCCCUUCCUGAAGAUGCUGGAUCAGAUGCUGGCUAGAGCCUGUUUUGACACCUUCACUACAGACCAGGAUCAUCAGUUCUGUGUGGACUUGUUGUCUCUCUGUAAGGAAGAGAUUAAGAAGUCCAAGGACACUCAGAAGCUCCGCUCCGCCAUCGCUGUGUUCUGUGGUCUGAUCCAGUUCCAGGGAGAGGUCCGUAAGAAGGUUCUGUUCCAGCUGCUGCUGCUCCUCUGUCACCCCUUCCCUGUGAUCAGGAAGACCACAGCCAGCCAGGUGUACGAGAUGCUGCUGACCUACGACGAUGUCAUCGACCCUGACGUGAUGGAUGAUGUCAUGACGUCGCUGAGUGACACCAACUGGGAGGAGGACGUCGCCACAGUGAGGACCCACAGAAACCAGCUCUGUGAUUGGCUAGGAGUACAGAAGCCCCAGCUCGUUGCCAAGGGUCCUGUCCAGUAGGCCCGGGGGAAACUAUUCUCAGCAGGAACUAAAGAACUGUAGCACAGGAUCCUUCAGGAUGGCAUUCUGUGUGGCAUCACAAAGUACAGCUGCACUUCUAAAAGGUCACAGCCUUCAGUGAUGUUCCAAGACCCACACACUUUGCUACAGUACAUUCUAAUUGGUAUGCUAGUAUGGUCAUGAAAUGUAUGGUAGUCUGGGUUCAUCUGGGAUUCAUCUGUCUGUCUGUCUCUGUCUGUCGACUGAAAAAGUAAAAAAAAGAACAAAAACAGUCUGUCAAUAAACAAACAGAAACUGCA